AUGACACCCUUCGCUCUCCUCACCUUCCUCCUCACCACCACAUUCGCCGUCUCCACAAACGCCCAAUUCUUCACCCCCCAAAUCCCUCAAGCCCUCGUCACGCUCGCAGACGGAGACGUACAGCUUCUCGGAGACGGCGGCGUCAACAUGGAGGGGUGCUUCACCAUCAUCGACCAAGUCGGCAUCGUCAGCGCUGAGGUUACGACUGCGGGUACCGCGCUGUUCUUUUAUACGGCCGAGGAAUGUGUCAGGGCCACGAGGAUCUUCGUGAUGCUUCGGGAGCAAGCGGAGUUUGGGAACCCGCUUUUGGCGAGGAGCGUCAGGAUUGUUAGCCUAGAUAUGAUGGGAGGCAUGAUGGGCCGUGGAUGA